AUGACUGCAUCAUCCACAGCACCAAAUCUCCUCACACUUCCUCGAGAACUGAGAGAUCACAUCUACGGCUACCUCGUUCACACGAUCGGCGUCGAAUGGGAUGGAUUCGGUAAAGAUGCUGUCCAGAGUGUCGGAGGCAGCGAACAAGUCAUCGAGCCCCUCCCUGGGCGCCUGAUGAAUUGUCCAUACCCUCAUGUCCUCCGUAUACACCCUCUCAUAUGCGAAGAGUACCACGGCGUGUGCGCGAAAAAGCUUGAAGUGGUCUUCGAUCAAUCGCUCCACAUGAGAAGACCGCUAGAAUCAAGAUACAACCCACUGAGGGCCCUUCAAGACCAAGUUCUUUCCCACCUACGACAUGUUAAGAUCUUUGUCCGACUGCAUGCUCGAACCAUGUCCCAAAAUCUGGACUGGCGGAACCAGCUGCAUAUCCUUCGCGACGUGGCUGUGAAAGCACCACAGUUAGAGACCCUCCGUGUCGCAGUACGGCAACAAUGUCUUUCCAACGCACCCACUUGCCAGGAUUUUGAAGUGCCGGCCAUAUUGACGUCUGCAACUGAACGUUUGCAAAAUGCUAGUACGAAGCCAUUCUUACCAGAGAUGCCAGCCUCUCUCGGGGAGCUUUGCUUAGUCCAACGGGGGGAGGGAUACCACCUUGGCUACGCUUCCACAUACAGAGCGCGGGAUCAACCCUUGCACCCAGAUCUUAGUUCUACGUACACGAUUGAUGGCCAGGAGCAUGUCAUGUAUCACGGUAUCCGCAAGAUUGGAGUAUACACUUUUGCUAGCAAGGAUGUUAAUUACGAGAAACGCCUGUGGACACGAAAAGAAAUCAUUUCGCGAUGGCCGAUGCGAAAAUACCCAAAAGAAGCCAUCGAGAACGUGGCACCGGAGAGGGCGGCGCUGUUACUCAAAUUCCCGCUGGAACAUACGGAAUGGAUAGAGAGGCGAGGAGUCCACGAUGUGCGAGAUUGGUCCUAG